AUGACGGAUCCUCAACGUCUUCAAAAUGAUAAAUUAUCAACUUCAUCUACUACCAAUAAUUCAACGACAAUAUCUACUAAAUAUAAUACUAAAAACCCCACAUCUCAAACUACAUCACCUUUAAUUUCACCAAAUCCUUCAAGACCUUCAUCAUCAUAUACUGCAAAUCCAAUACCGACAAAAUUAAUAAAUUUUGAUUCAUUAGAUGAAAGUGUAAUACGACAUCAUCAAAAUACUACAAAUACUCCUAAUAAUCAUAAUCAUAAUAUUUUUGAUGGUCCUCCUUCAACUACUUCAAAUUCUUUCCAUUCAUCAUCAAUAAAUUCAAAAACAAGUCCAGUCAACUCCACCAAAAAUAGUAAAACUCCACCACCAUCAAGUAUACCAUCAUUAGAUGAUUUAGUAAAUGAUUGUUUCUUGUUAUCAAUAGAUAAAUUAGAUGAAGAUAAUAGAAUAAAUAUAUGUAAUCAAUUUCACGAAUUUUUAAUUAAACAACAUUGUCAAGAAAAUUUAGAAUUUUUAAUUGAUAUUUAUAGGUAUGAAUAUACUUAUAAUUUAAAAAUUUUAUCAUCAUCUACUAUACCAUCAAAUUUAUCACCAACUUCCAAGACAGAUUCAUUCAUAAAUAACACAAGUAAUCAUUUUUAUAUUGAUAAUAUAUCUAAAAUUAGGUUAAAUAAUAGUCCAUCACCAAUUGAUAAUGGGAGUAUAACAAACAAUAAUUCAACUAAAGCAGCUACUAAUUUAUCAUUAAGACAUGGUAAAACUUCAUCAAUGGCUUCACUUGAUCUGAUGUUUAAGAAAAACCAAAGUCAACAACAAUCUUUAAAAUUAGAUGAUUUAGAUGAUCCUCAAAAUGCAUUUGUUUCAACUAUUGAUGAUCUAGAUAUAAAUCAACCAUGGGAUAAUUUUAAACAAAAAUUUGUAAAUGAUGAUGAAGACGAUGAUGACUAUGAGGAUGAUAUUGGAAUCGAAAUGAAUGGAAAAUCACCACCACAAAAUGAAGAAGAUGAAGGUAAAAUCCUAUACAUUAAUGAUGAAGAUUUAAAUCAAUUAAAUACAAAAUGGGAUUUUUUAAUGAAUGAAUAUAUAAAAAAUGAUUCCCCCAAACAAAUAAAUAUAUCACAAAAAUUAUUCAAAGAAAUUGUUGAAGAAAGUUCUAUUACAAAAUUACAUAAUCCUUUAAUUUUAAUAAAAGCUAAAAAUGAAGUCAUUAGAAUGUUAAAAGAAAAUGGAUAUUUUGAAUUUUUAAAUCUUUGUAAAAAAAAUCAACAACAGAAUUUAAAUUCAGUUAAAUCUGGUAAUAGUUCAAAAAAAUGUGAAUGUGGUUUAACUUCAAUUAAUAAUUGUAUCAAUGGAAAUGAUCAUAAAGAUUUAAGAACUCAAUGUUUAAAUAAAAAUUUACAAUCAAAUAUUAUUGAUACGACUACAAAAACAAAAUCAUCUUCAAAUACUUCUUCAUUAAAUGUAUCACCUAUAAUAUCACCAAAUCAAGAGAGAGGAAGUAGAACACCAAAUCAAAGAUCAACCCCACAACAAUUUGCUCAUCAAAAAGGUUUACCAGAUAUUGAAUCAAAUUCAUUUUCAUUACCUUCUUCAAUUUUAGGUAGAUUUUCAUCAUCAUCGAAACGUAUAAACAAACCUCAAGAAAUUCCAUCAAAUAAUAUAUCAUCGCCAACUACUAGUUCAUCAACUCCAAUAAUAGAUCUAAAUUCUCCUGAAACUUCAACAAAUCACCACUUUGCAUCAUCUUCUAAUUCUUCAUCAUUACUGAAUUUAUUAGGACAUUUGAAGUUGAAUGGAAAUAUUGCCCCAGCAUCGGAUUCACCUCCAAUCUCAAGUUCAUCUUAUGAUUCAACUAGUUCAAUAAAUUCAAAUAACAAAUCAAUAAAUCAUUUACAAAAUUCAACAAGAUCAAUAAAGAAUCAUCAAACGGGGAAUUAUAAUCAUAAUCAUAAUUUCUUACAUCAUAAUCAUCAUAAUCAUAAUUCAAAAUUAAAUUCAAAUUCUCCAAAUAAUAAAAAUUUUAUAGCUGACAUAAAUCAAUUUGAUAAAGUAAAUAAUAGAUCAAAUAAUUCAAGUCCUAUAUCAAUUGAAAGUGGUAGUGAUUCAAGAAUAAAUAACAAUGGAACUAAUACUACUAUCAAGAGAGAGAUUAUUAAUGAAUCAUCAAAUUCUUCUUCAUCAAAUCAAAAUUCUAGUUCAUUAAGUUCUUCUUUAAAAUUUUGGAGAAGAAAAAAUUAG